GCAACCACUAAUUGGCCGAAAACUUGCCCUCUUUGAUCAGCAGGAGGAAAAUCUGGUGAUGCAACAAAAUUUCGAGAGAAGCUCUGCAACCUUAACAAUUCCCUUUUCCUUUUUUCCAUUCAACCGAAAGAAAUGAAAGGGGAUUCGGAGAACUUUGCAGUGGCAGUAAAAUGAAUAAAUGAAGAAACGUUUGUUCAACUCUUGGGUUUGUGGGUUGAACCAGAAAUGGAGAAUAACCAAAGGGACAGCUGCAAAUCAGUGGGGGAAUUUGAAGAAAUCCAAGGGAUUCUACCAAGAAUGGUAUUUGGCUUUGUGAGGUAAGUAUAGAUUAUGACUCUGGUAGCUAUAAUUGAAGUUAAAAUGAUAUUUAUCUGGUUAAGCAUGAUCCUAAACUAAAGCUAAUGCAAGAAGUGGGCUUAAUAAAGAAGAAUGCUUAACAUUGAAAUGAAAUUAUGAAUUAGUUCAUGGUUAGGGUAUAAGUCAGUGCUGGAUUAAAGUUGAGACUACAUGUUGGACAUGUAGAUAUGGCUUUUGAAAGUUUUAUUUGAUGCAAGCUACUGUGCUAUUCUGCUGUGAUUUAAUACUAAAUUGUCUUGUUAUAUCUAAAGUAUAAGCAUGACAGUGCAUAGAUGCUGUUUAUAUGAGUUAGGUACAGAACCCAGUUGGACUGGGAGUGUGAAGAGAGAUUAUCUAGAUCCAUUGCGCAGUAGGAAGAACCACUGGUUGGACCAUUGGUAUGGUAGCUACUAAGCUAGGUAGAACCCAGUUGGACUGGGAGUGUGAAGACAGAUAUCUAGAUCCAUUGUGCAGUAGGAGGAACCAUUGGUUGGACCAUUGGUAUGGUGGGAUGUACACCCACAAGGAAAAAUCCAUGGAUAAGAACUUACAUUCAUCUGCAUGUUGAACAAGCAUAAGGUUGCCUUGCUAUUAUCUUAUGUUUAUUGGAAGUAUUUAUGUCAUAUUUAUUUAUGACACUAAUGAAAUUUUUCAUUAUUGAUGAGCAGUGUUUGAUGGAACUGAUUCUGUGCUUCCUGAGGUAGAGGAAUGUAUUUUCUGGUUUGUUCUAGAAUGGAGACCAAGUUAGCUAGUGAAGAGAUCAACAAUUUUUGGGAGACUAAGAGUUUCCUAUGGUUGCUGGUAGUGAACAAGCUUUUCAGGGUUGUUGAGGUAACUUGUGUCUGCCCAAAGCUAAAUCCUGGCUCAAUGUUUUGUAAAAGAACUUUGCAUUAUUAGAAUAUGUUUUGUUUACCCAAUGGGACAUCAAUUGAUUGAGAGUUAAUUCCUAAUCUAGUUUAUUACGAUAGAAUUUGCUGUAUAAAUAAAGUUACAGCUCAAACCUGACCCUUUUGGCUAAGGUUGCAGGUCUGGGAUGUAUCAUUUCCUCCCAAACACCAUUAGUAUGGGACAAAGUAACAUGCAGGUACAAGUGUGGGUAACGCAGUUAUCCAAUUGAGUUAGCAGCCCAAGUCCAAUCUCAC